AAGAUGCCUGCCAUGAGACUGUUCACUUGCUUCCUGCAGCUUCUGGCUGGGCUGGCACUGCCUGCUGUGCCCCCCCAGCAGUGGGCCCUGUCUGCUGGGAAUGGCUCAUCAGAGAUGGAAGUGGUGCCCUUCCAGGAGGUGUGGGGUCGCAGCUACUGCCGGGCCCUGGAAAGGCUGGUGGACGUCGUGUCUGAGUACCCUAACGAGGUGGAGCAUAUAUUCAGCCCGUCCUGCGUCUCCCUGCUGCGCUGCACAGGCUGCUGUGGUGAUGAAACCCUGCACUGUGUGCCCGUGGAGACAGUCAAUGUCACCAUGCAGCUCCUGAAAAUCCGCUCUGGGGACCCACUGUCCUAUGUGGAGCUGACAUUCUCUCAGCACGUGCUCUGUGAGUGCAGGCCUCUGCGGGAGAAGAUGAAGCCAGAAAGGAGGAGACCCAAGGGCAGGGGGAAGAGGAAGAGAGAGAAGCAGAGACCCACAGACUGCCAUCUGUGCGGCGAUGCUGUACCCCGGAGGUAACCAGCCCCUUGGAGGAGAGAGACCCCACUCCCGGCUCGUGUAUUUAUUACCGUCACACUCAGUUACCUCCCUACUGGCACCUGCACCCUAUUUAUUAGCCAAUUGUAUCCCUGCUGAAUGACUCACUCCUCCAAGAUGAGGGACCAGGAAGACAGGACCCUCAGGAAUUCAAUGCCUUACACAGAACGUGAGAGAAAGAAAGAAGGUGACCACAGACCAGGGGAUGCUUCCACUUGAGAAGAAGCAGGACACGUGGUCUUGUGAGGAGGCAGCCAGGCCUCAGAGUCCCUGGGGCUC